AUGCCUCUUACGGGCCUGUUGUCCUUGACCAAGGCGCAAUUCCACGCGCAAUAUUCUCCCUCACUCGGCUACAACAACCUCACAGUCGGAGCAAUCAUCUUUAAGCCUUUCACCGCGAAUACUCACAGAUUACUCCUCCUCAAACGCGCCGCACAUGACCAUGCGUUCCCAGGAAUGUUUGCGAUUCCCGGUGGCCAUGUUGAAGAUACCGACUUGAGCAUUUUCCACGGCUUGAAGCGAGAAGUACUCGAGGAGACAACCAUGCUAGUCCAGGGUAUUAUCGACCAGAUCGACCCACUCGUCUGGGUCACAACGAGAUCGGUGCAAAAGGGAGAAAGCAGCUCAGUGACGAAAUCUAGAAGUCUGCAAAUCACGUUCGUCUGCGAGGUUGAGGGGCUGGCGUUCCAAGUCGAUCCGGAGGAACAUUCGAUGGGCAUAUGGGCUGAUAGGGAGGAAGCGGAAAAAGUGGUCAUGUCAACGGGGAUGAGAAGAGUGGUGGAAAAUGCUUUCAAGUGGAAGGAAGCUGCGUUGCAGAAGGGUCUGAAGCUCUGA